AUGGGAGCUUCAGCGCUGAAGGGAUGCCACAUCGUGGUUCACGGCCAAGUCAGGUCCGACUGGCCAGUCCAGAAGAUCAAGCAGUGGGUCGAACAUCUCGGAGGAGUAGCAUCAUUCAAGUCCAAGAUCGCCGAAGAAACAACCCAUCUAGUCGUUCCUGAGAAGGAAUGGCGGAGUCGAGGCCCAUUCGUGCAGGAGGUGCUCGAAGCGACUGAGAAUGGCCACGACAUUCUCAUCGUCAGCUCCGAGUGGCUCGAAGAUUGUCUCAACAAUCGGGCAAAAAGAAGCGAGAGCCGCUACCUCUGGGCGAAUCUGGACAUGCGCUCCAUGAAGCUCAACGACCAACAAGCCAAGCAAUCAUCCAAGCAGGCGAAACAGCCCGGCAACAUCCAAGGAUUGAUGGCACAGACCUUCUUGCAGACUACAGAGGCUCACAUCACCGACAGUGACCGCAAGAAGAUCGCCCAGCAACAGGAAAAGGAAGCCCAGGCUCAAGAGGAAGCCGAUAAUGAGGCUCGUCUACAUUUCAAGGAUCAUCGUGAACGCAUGAGUAUUCCAGAACAGGCCGCCGUCUUCCGUAGAGGCGCGAAGAGAGCUCGGAACGAGAUUCUCUCCGACAAUCACCACAUUUAUGUCGACAACACCAACUUCACUUUCGACGUCACCGUCACCAAGGUCGAUCUUAAGCAGAACACGAAUGAGCGUUACGUCCUCACACUGCAGAUCUACGAGUCAAACAACGAGCCAUCCACAUAUGCCUUCAACUGCCAAUUCGCAGGCACGAAGAUUCUUCCUCAAAACGACAUCAUUGUUGCCAUUGGCGCCAACUUCCCUACGGUCUUCCGUGCAUUCAAGAAAGUCUUCCUCGAGAAGACCAAGAUCGAAUGGGACAACCGCAUGUCCCAGACAUGGGAUCGUGCACGUCAAGUGGCAGAUGGUAAAGCCGUCCCUCGCCCUGCAGAGGUUCGCUUCGAGGAUGCACCGUUUGUCUACCAUCCCCCGCUGUACGGUCCGAAAGGCGAGCUUCCUGCCGCGAAGCAAUCAGAGGUGGUCAACUUGGCCGACACUCCAGAACCGGAUCUUCGCAUGAGUGGUGCGAUCGGAGGGAGCCCCAGCUCCUCCAGCGGUUCAUCCCGUGGCAAGUUUCGGAAGCACCGUCCAAAAGUCAGCGACAUGGAGCUCGUGGCAAUCGAAGAGCCCGAGAACGAUCCACUGUCAUACCCGUUCGAAGGCAGCAGUGACAGCGCGCUCGACUUCGACCAAUCGCUAGGCUUGGCAGGGGAAGAUUUAGAGGCCAGCGAAGGAGGAUCUGAUGCUGUGGGUGGCCAAGAUAGCUCGCUCGGUGUUGGCUUCCUCGACGACCAGCAGCCCAAUCCAUACCGAUCGACGACCUACGACAACCCAUACCAGCCACUUGGCGCAACUAGCCAGGUGGAGUCUACCACGAACGCUGCUCCGGUCAACAGCUUCAAUCCUGGUUACGACCGAGUCAUCAACUCCACAAACGGCGGCGACGAAAAAUUCGACUUUGAAGAUUAUCUCAACAUGGACCAUGUCGAGACUCAGGCGACCCAGAACGCCAACUACACCCAAGCCGCAAACAUGGCUGGAGACAAUCUCAUGCAGAUGAUUCAACAGAACCCUGUCGCUACCUCCGCCAGCACCGUUCUUGGGAAGCGGAAAGACAGUGGGGGGAUGGAUCAAGGGGCCAAGCGAGCUAGGCUGGACGGCAACGUGUCUGGCGAGGCGUCUGAUGGCGCUUCUCAAGGCAAAAGCAUGCAACGUUAUUGA